CUGCCUUGGGGUCCCCACAAUUGGGUGAGCUGCAGAGCCUGGUGGAGUCACCUCUGGAGGUUGCCCUUGGUCUCUGUCCCCUGGUCCUGGGGGUUGGGCUGGAUGGUAGAUCCUUAAAGUCACCUCGCUGGCAGCUGACCCUAAGCCUCUGUCCACUAGUCCCUUGGGGUGAGCUGGGUGUUGGGUGCCCUAGGUUGGUGCAGAGGGUGCAGUCUAGUCCUUCAUGGUGGAUGGCCCUGGGCUUCUGCUCUCUGGGCUGGAGUGGUGGGCUGGUCCCUGAGGUCAGCUGCAGAGCAUGAGGCCCAGUUCCCACUGGCAGGUGACCUUGGGCCCUGUCCCUGUCCCUUGGCUUCCAUUUUUGAAUGGGUGGCUCAGGUCCCUGGCCUCCCCUCCUCUCCCUGCCUGUGGCCUGCACCCACUCUUCCAAAUGUGUAGGAAGCAGGAUUGCAAAUCCACUUUCCUUCCUCCAGUUUACUUUCUCCAUAGGCUGCUGUAGGUCCUUCAUUUGCAGUUGUCUCCUGCGUUCUAAAAUGCCAUCUUCCUCUUCUCUUCCCAUCAUUCUCAAAUAUCUGGUCUUCCUCCUGUGUUUCAAAUGGACACAGUCUAUUAAUUUUCACUUUCUCUCUAGUGAAGUAUGGCAAGGAAUAUAUUGUUUUGGGAUUGAGGAUCAAAACUAGAGAAGCUUUAUCAGUGAAAUCCUCAGGCACAGCCCUUCCCUUAUUUUUUUUUUUUUUUUCAAUCUUGGUCUACAUCCCAGCCCUUUUUUUGUUUGUUAGUUUUUGCAGAAGUUAUUUAUUUGUUUUACUUGGUUUUCAUUCCUUGUACAUAGCAGUAAAAACAUUUUGACACAUCAUACAUAAACAGAGUUUAACUUCUCCUUUUUGUGGUUGUACACAAUGGUCAUUUAGUCAUAUAUGCACAUAGGAUAAUGAUGCUUGAUUUAUUAUACUGUCCUUCAUCCCCAGCCCUUUUAAAUUUUAUUUUCAGACAGGAUCUGGCUAUGUUGUCUAGCCUCACCUGGAACAUGUGAUCCUCCUGCCUCAGCUUCUCAAUUCUGUUGGAAUUAAAGGCUCUGGCCACCAUACCUGAAGAAUAUAGUUUAUUUUGACCCAAAUAUUAAUGACCAUCCUCAGGAACAUGAGGAUGUUCAUUUAACUUAUCCUGAAUGAUGUAUGUGUUCCACUCUGGAAGAGAUUACUUUUUUUUUUUUUUUUUUUUUAAUACCAAGGAUUGAACCCAGGGGUAAUUAACUAGUGAGCCAUAUCCACAGCCCUUUUUAUAUUUUAUUUUGAGGCCUGAUCGUCCUUAGGGCCUCACUAAGUUACUGAGGCUGGCUUUGAAUUUAGCAGUCCUCCUGACUCAGUUUCUCAACCUGCUGGUUUUGUAGUUGUGCUCCAGUGUGCAUAGCUGAGAAGAACAUUUGUAAAGAAAGUUAUGUAAGAAUACAUUAACCAAUUGCAUUGGUAGGAUCAUCAGAUGGGUGGCUACAGUAAAAAAAAAAAAGGUGAAAUUUCUUCUGUAGGUCUGUUAUUACAUUGUUAGCUUUGGAAGAUGGUGCUUAUAUGUCAAAUAAGGUUGGUAAUAUAUACUGAGAAGUUUAUUUGUUCUGAGAAUUUUGAACUAAUACAGAAAUUGAGGUAAUUGGCUAUUAAAGGGCUUAAGAUAGCCCAAGAUAAUUUUUGCCAUUCAUCCAGGACCCUGUCUUACUGCCCUCAUGGUGGUUUAGUUCCCCAAAGUCAAGGUGUCUGAAUUUUCAUUGAUAUAGAGCAAGUUCAUAGAGAAUUUCAGUUCAUACCUGCAAAAAUUCUGUGUUUCUCCUUUUAUCUUUCUUAGGAAUAAGCACCAUAUCCGAUUUUCUCAGGCAAGUUUCCUUUGGACACCUCACAGAGUCCUAUGUUCUCAAUCACUAGUGUUUCCUGGGCCUGCCACAAUGUGCCCACAGGUAUCCUGUGUCCCGCAUGGUUCAAGGAAUUUUAGGCACUCGGUCAGCUCCUCUUAGAGGACAGCCUAAUGUGUGAGGUACAGCCUUUUGGGGGAUCAGCUGGAAGUCUUGGGGCUAAGGAAUGUCCUGGAACAAGCCUCAUCUAGACAACUAACUUCUUGGGACCUUGUUUUCCCCAAGCCCUGUUCCCAUUCCUUGGAGACAGGUGUGCAGUCAGCCUGUGGAUGCUGGUGGUGAGAGGCCAUGUCACCAGUGAUUCCUGACCCUUGCAUUCUCUCACAGUGUAAAAGAGCAAAAACUCUCCCAGAGCCUAAGGACCAGCCACCCCAAUGCAGUGCUGAGCAAACCCGAAAAGCCUCAUAAGCUGGAGUCAUGGUCCAGGUCUUGUGGGAGAGUGAUCAUAGAGUGCUUCAGUGGGUAUGACCAGGUGUGAGGAUGUCCCAGCUGGCAGGGACCUUCUGUACUUCUGAGCCUAUUAGGUUUGCUUCCUCAGCACCAGCCAUUUUGUGUUUAUCACUUUGAAAUGAUCUGCUUAUUAUCUGAAGCCCAAGUUUAUUUAUUAAAAACCAAAUAUGGUGAAAUAUUAUGAAAAAGAGAAUACAGAGGGGAUUUUAAAAAGUCUACUUACAUUUUCAUUUGUUAAAUAUCCUAAUUUGCAGCAACAUUCACAGGUGCCCCAGAUGCUGAGGCAGGAGGGUUUAAAGUUUGAGGACAUCUUUACCAACUUAGGGAGACCCUAUGCAACUUGAUGAGACUUCAAAGAUUGGGGAUGUGGUUCAGUGGUCAACUGCCUCUGGGUUCAAUCACAAGUAUUAAAAAAAAAUAUGCCUCAUCUUUGUGCCACCACGUUUGCAGCUAGACUAUUAGCUUAUGAAAUUUAGCAGUUACAUAAAUACUGUGUUCAUACUCAGUGUGAUCUCUACAAGAUUUUCACUGAUCUUAGAUAUGGUCCACUAUUUCCAUUUUUAGGAGUAGUUUCUGUUAAGUUCACCAAGAAGCACAGCACUCCUGGCCCUGGAUUUCACAAAAUUUACUAAAAUGCUCAGGGUUUUUUCAGAGAGUGUAGAUCUUGGGGAAGUUCAGUCUCCUUAAUCUCUUUGCUAAGAAAGCAUAUUGUCUUUCUAUUGAUUUCAUUGUAUUUAAUGCCUCACAUUUUGCACUUUUUCCAUUAUAAUCAUUUUUUGUCAUUCAUGAGAUGUAUUUUAGUAUAGUUUCUGUGUGUGUGUGUGUGUGUGUGUGUGUAUUUGUGCCCUGGUUCGGAUUGAACAUAGGGCCUCAUGCAUGCUUGGCAAAUGCUCUACUGUUGGGCAACUCCCCAGCCCAAGAAAAUGGACUAUUAUUGAUGUAUUUACUUAUGUAUUAACUGGUGGGAUUUAAGCCACGGACUUGCUCAUGCUUGUUAUCCUUCAAAAACAUGUUUUAAGUUUGUGAAAGCAUUUUCUUGGAGGGUAGGUGUUUCCCUAAGGAUUAAUCCCAGAGCCACUUGACCACUGAGCACAUCCCCAGUGUUUUUUUGUUUUUAUUUUUUAUCUAUUUUUAAUUUUGUUUUAGUAAUAAAUGGACAGAAUACCUUAAUUUUAUUGAUUUAUUUGUGGAUCUAAGUUUUGAAUCAAGUGUCUCACACAUGCUAGUCAAAUGCCCUGUCACUGAGUGACAGUCUCUUUCCCCCGUUUUCAUUCUUGAUUAAGAGCAAGUCUCACUGUAUUGCUGAUACUUUUGUACAUGACUGAGGCUGGCUUCAGUGUUGUCAUCUUCUGGCUAGUAAAAUUUGAAGUGCACGCCACCACACCAGGAGUUAUAGUGACUUUUAAAGACAAGUCACCCAUUUCUCUCAAAGUGGAAACAGUAUUGAAAACCAGUUUCCUUGCUUUUCUUCAUAGUUAUGAGAUUUGUAUAUAUAACUCUUCCUCUUUCCUUUAUGCCGCAGUCCAGCUGCAACAAAAUAACCGUGGGGUGACGAACAACUUGUGUAGGUUGAUACAGCAGGAGUGGGAGCUGUUUAUUGUAGGACUGGAGGGGUAUAUAUACAUUACACACAGCUUAUCUUAAUUAACAUAAACUAGAUACAGCAGUCAACCAAUAAGGAAUCUCCACACUUAAUGGCUCACUGGCAUUACUUCAUAAACCACUCCCCCUGGCAAAAUGCUAGGCGCCAUUUUUUUUUUUUUUAAAGAGAGAGAGAAUUUUUUUAAUAUUUAUUUUUCAGUUUUUGGCAGACACAACAUCCUUGUUUGUAUGUGGUGCUGAGAAUUGAACCCGGGCCGCACACAUGCCAGGCGAGCGCGCUACCACUUGAGCCACAUCCCCAGCCCAGGCGCCAUCUUGACUUGUUUACAGACCCUAACAUUUCCCCCUUUCAUUUAAUUUAAAUAACAACCAUAGUGGUUUUUACAGAAACACCAUAAAUAGUCUGCUACAAGCAGAAGGGGAGGAUAGAAAAUGCCACAAUACCAAGCCAAUUGAUGGCUCCAUGCAAGAAGCCCUUGGAAAAAUUAUACCAGCAAUGACACCGUUAACAAAGAUACUGAGUUACAAUUUGUUGUAGAUUACAGUUUGUUGUCUCAAUCCAGGUAAAGCAGUGUCUCAAUAGAUUAACUCACAGUCCAGGUAAGUUCUGCAGGCAGCUAGCUUAAAUCAUAGUUCAGGUAAGUUCUGCAGGCAGCUAGCUUGAUCCGAAGUCUCAUCCGGUUCUCAGCAACACUGGAAAUUCUUCCACCUUCGUCUUCACUGGCACUGGGACGAAGGCAGGAACUCCGGAUGGCUAAAGAAAAUCCUGUAGUAUUCCAGCAGGCACUAAGAAAACAACCUUCUGAACAAUUUAGUACAUUAUCUCAAGGUUUUUUACAUUUGAAAUAAGCCUUAAUAGUGCUCAUUACACAUUAGCUUCCAGGUGUGGGAGAACCAUUCUAGUUACUGGCCUUGGAAAUGAUCAAACUUCAGGGACCCGGGCCUCUUCUGGCUGCAGUGUCCCAGGCAGUCCCAGAUGGCCCUGGGGAGUGUUCUGGACUCAAACUGCCACUGGGCACAGGGAGCAAGAGCCUGCGAGACUGUGUCUCUGGUGAGGUUUGGAUUUGGGCUCUCACAGUGGUGUCCCGCUCCCCGGGUGGGGAAGAGCCGGCUGCCGCCACUUGGAAAGUCCUUGCUGCGCCAUGACUGGCUUGCGCAUGUGGCGGCAUAACGAAAAGUAUUCAGUAAUAGCCUUUUGUUGCAACCUUUUUCCUGAUAAUCCUUCUUCUGAACUUUCUUUUUCUUUCUGAUUAGAGUUCCUGGGCUUCCAUGAACACAUGCCCUAACUAUUCUUGGUUCCACUGGGGUGUUUCCUUCCCUUAGCAAUUUACUUAAUAUCCCUUCCAUAUUUUCAUCACAAAGGCGAUACAAUACACUGAGACAAAACAAGACACAAACCUGCUGUAUUAAUCCUCUCCAUCUUCUUAAAAUGGUCAUUCUUUCUUUCGCCCUGUCUUCUUAGGGAUGAGCAGAUUUGCUUCUGUCGUAUCUUUCUAUGGAUGGGCAGCUUUUUUUUUUUUUUUUCCAUCACUUACCCCUGAGUGUCCUGGGGCUCCCCGUACAGGCCACCAUCUGCCGCAGUCCAGCUGGAGCAAAAUAACCAGGGGGUGACGAACAACUUGUGUAGGCUGAUACAGCAGGAGUGGGAGCCUUUUAUUGUAGGACCGGAAGGGUAUAUAUACAUUACACACAGCUUAUCUUAAUUAACAUAAACUAGAUAUAGCAAUCAACCAAUAAGGAAUCUCCACACUUAAUGGCUCGCUGGCAUUACUUCAUAAACCACUCCCCCUGGCAAAAUGCCAGGCACCAUCUUGACUUGUUUACAGACCCUAACACCUUUACUCUUGCAUUAUUAUGGAAAAGGUAUUCAGUAUGUAAUAUUGUUUCUUUUGUAUAUAUUUGUGAAUCUUCCAUGGUGUGGUAGUUGGUUCACUUUUUUAUUAAAUUUAUUUUUCAGAGUGAUUAUAGUCUUAUAUAGUACAUUAGUCGGGGUUCUCCAUUGGAACAGAAUUAACAAGAAGAAUGAAUACAAAAAGGGGAUUUAUUGGAUUGUCCUAGGUGACCAGAAGCUGGAGAGUCCUCCAUGGCCGUCUGCUGGCUGGGGAGCUGGAGAAGUAGUAGCUGUGCAGCCCACGAUGCUGAAACCUCUGAACAAGAGGGAUCAAUGGUGCUACCCUAGUGUGAGAUCCAAUGCUUCUGGAAACUCCCUGGAGAAUCACUGGCAGAUCAGCUUUGGAAGAGUGAAGAAGGGAAAGUCUGAUAUCCUCAGGCAGUCACAGCAUCAGUGGAAAGCCCAUCUGUGUAGAAUCCAGCUUGCAUCUGCAGCUGCUCCAUGUAGUUGCAACUUUUAUUUCAUGCAAACCACCAUCCUAUUUGAUGAUGUUACCCACACAUAUGGAGGUUUUCCAGUUUGCUAUCCCACAUGUCAAUCACUCCUAGACACAGCCUCAUGGCCAAACCCAAAAGUCCAUCAAUCAUCAGUCUCUCUUAAUCCCAUCAAGAUCUCAGUGACCUUUGAGGAUGUGGCUGUGAACUUCACCCAGGAGGAGUGGGCAUUGCUGGAUCCUUCCCAGAGGAACCUUUACAGAGAUGUGAUGCUGGAAGUCCUCAGAAACCUGGCUUCUAUAGAAAACAAAUGGUAUGAAAAAAACAUUGAAGAUGAGAUCAAAAAUUCUGAGAUCAUUCUAAGGCACAUCACAUCUCACUCUGAACACAAAUGCUACAAGCCUGAUGAAUGUGAAGAGAAGCCAUGUGAAUUUAAACAGCACAGGCAAUCCCUGGUUUCUGUCAAAAGUGUUCACACACAAAUGUUAAUACAAACUGGAGAUGGACCCUAUGAAAGUACAGUAUGUGGGAAAGUCUCCAGUUGUUCCAGUGACAUCCAAAGGCAUGAAGAUACUCAUACUGGGUGGCAACCCUAUGAAUAUCAACAAUGUGGUGAAGCCUCAUCUUCUCCCACAGGUGUUCAAAGACACAUGAGAACACACAGUGGAGGUAAACCUUUUCAAUGUGAGGUAUGUGGGAAAGCCUUUCAUUUCUCCUCUUCAGUUAGAAGACAUGAAAGAAUUCAUUCUGGAGAGAAACUCUAUCACUGUAAACAAGGUGGUCAAACCUUUAUUUCACACACAAGUCUUCAAAGGCACAGGAUCACACACACGGGGAAUGCACAUUUUAAACGUAAGGUAUGUGGGAAAGACUUUGCUUAUCCCAGUUUACUUAGAAUACAUCAGAGAACCCAUACUGGAGAGAAGCCCUAUGAAUGUAAGCAGUGUGGGAAAGCCUUUGCUAGAUCCAGUGAACUUCGCAUACAUGAAAGAACUCAUACUGGAGAGAAGCCCUAUAAGUGUAAGCAGUGUGGAAAAGCCUUUGUUACAUCCAGUCACCUUCACUCACAUGAAAUAACUCAUACUGGAGAAAAGCCCUAUGAAUGUAAGCAGUGUGGCAAACCCUUUGCUAGAUCCACUGACCUUCAGAUUCAUGGAAGAACACAUACUGGAGAGAAGCCCUAUGAGUGUAAGCAGUGUGGCAAAGCCUUCAGUCAUUUCUCUGGCCUUCACUCACAUAAAAAAAUUCAUACUGGAGAGAAGCCUUAUGCAUGUGAUCAGUGUGGCAAAGCCUUUGCUAGGUCCAAUACCCUUCACAGACAUGAAAGAACACAUACUGGGGAGAAGCCCUAUGAAUGUAAGUAUUGUGGAAAAGCCUUUGCUAGUUCUAGUUACCUUCCCAAACAUGAAAAAUCUCAUACUGGAGAAAAGCCCUAUGAAUGUGAGCAGUGUGGCAAAGCCUUUUCUACAUCCAGUUACCUUCAGAUUCAUGGAAGAACACAUACUGGGGAGAAGCCCUAUGAAUGUAAGCAGUGUGGAAAAGCCUUUGCUAGAUCCACUUCCCUUCAGAUUCAUGGAAGAAUGCAUACUGGAGAGAAGCCCUAUGAGUGUAAGCAGUGUGGAAAAGCCUUCACUUAUUUCUCUGGCCUUCAUGCACAUAAAACAUUUCAUAUUACAGAGAAGCCUUAUGCAUGUAAGCAGUGUGGCAAAGCCUUCACUCGUUCCUCUGACCUUCACUUACAUAAAAAAAUUCAUACUGGAGAGAAGCUUUAUGCAUGUAAGCAGUGUGGCAAAGCCUUUGCUAGUUCCAGUGAACUUCAAACACAUGGAAGAACACAUAUCGGAGAGAAGCUCUAUGGUUGUAAACAAUGUGGAAAAGCCUUUGUUACAUCUGCUCAGCUUCACUUACAUGAAGCAACCCAUAGUGCAGAGAAAUCAGACUCAUGAAAACAACUGGCAAAGUCUUCUGUUAAUAAGGUUUCACUCAUUAACAUGUAGUAAGUUUUCUGAAGAAAAAUUCUUUGAAUGUGGUAAAUCAAUAUUUCUUGUCCAUUUCAAAGAGAAGAAAGUGCUCACAUGUUUGAAUAUCUAUCUAUCUGUCAUCUAUCUAUCUAUCUGUCUGUCUGUCUGUCUAUCAAUAGUACUGGGGAUUUAGUCUGGUGGUCAUCUAUCACAGAGCCAUGGUGAAGGCGAUCUCCCACUCACUGUCUUGACAGGGUCACAGUGAGGAUGAAUGCUGGCAAAGCCGCACUGGUUGGUGGGAAACAGAAAGCAUGAGACCCUUUUUUGUAUAAUUGGGACUUUUCAUUUUCAUGCUUAUGUUUCUGACAGGAGGCAUGAGUAUGUUAAAUGCUAAACAAAUUAAAUUUCAGAUGGCUAGAACAUAACAGGUAGUUCAUGCCUUGGAGGCUGUUCUACUACCCCUCAGCAUAUCAAGGACAAAGUAGAAGGCUGUUCUUCUAUCUCAGUACACUGAGGACAAAUGUGAUAUUGGACAACAAUCAUCCUCUGAAAAGUCACGAGAAUUUUAGGCACCACAUCGAUUAUAUCAACUAGAACCCAAGCUCUUAGAAAACCUAAUUAUUAUGCUUGUUUUUCAAAGCCCACCAUAUGUAGUCUCAUUUUUGAUUGAGGAAAGUUAUAUUAUACACUUAGGAAAGUUAAAACAUAUAAAGGUAUAUUCUCUUUUUAUAAACCCUUUUUUACUUUACAUAGGGAUUUAUGAUGAACAUAGUUAAUAUUGGCGGAAAGUGCACUGAUGUUUAGAACUUACUUUCUAUUGAGAACGAUUAUAAAGAUAUGAGAACUAGUGCACCUUGACUGAGAAACAAAGAAACUCUUUGAGAAAGCAGCUCAACCAGGUUUAUGAGAAUAAAUUUAGGAAGUAAUUAAAGUAGCCUUAUAAGAUAUAUUUUUAGAAUAAUGUUAGAAAUAUUAUCCUAUUUAGACUUUGGGGUUUAGAAAUUCUGAAUUUUUUGUUGUAUGGGUUUCUGAUAUAUUUUAAGAAUGAUUUAUAAACUUUAGGAUAUUUUAAGUAUAAGAUUUAAGGGGACUUUUUUAGAUGAGAAUUUUAGAUUCGAAAUAAAGUAAAGGUGUACUUUAAAUUUAAAGGUUAAUGAUAGGUUCAGAGACUUAGAAUCUGGUUUCGUAGUUUGGCAUUAGUCAAUAAGAAAAUAGUAAAUCUUGGGAAAAUCUGAAAAAUGUAAAUUAGUGAUGCAUUUUAUUAAUGAUUCUGUACUUUUAAUAAUUAAAUAACUAAAGGUCAUAUCCUGGAAAAAUGGAAAUUAAUGUUACAUUUUUUGUAUCCCUAAUCAUGGUUAAGGAAAUGUCAUGUCUUGGCAAAAGUUUUAGAUUGUAUAAUCAAUGGCGUAUCUGAAUCUAUAAUGAUGAGAAAAUUUGCAAUAAAAGAUGACCCGAGAAAGCUGCAUUAGCUCUCUCUCUCUGGAGAUUUCUCCAA